CUGAUUUCACUCAGGCCGCCUGCGUAAUGUAUGGGUAAAAAUUCGGUUGUCCGGCCACUGAAGCUCCGCCCCACACCGGAGACCUGCAGGUAGUACCGGUGCGUGAAUGGGCCCCCUUAGGUCUUCGUCAUUUGUCAACAAAAACUCCGCAAGCUUACUAGUAUAAGAUUUGAGAUGCCAGGCCCACAGGACAAAAUGGAGAGGGAAAUAAAACCAAGUAAAACACAAGGAUUGCAAUCCAUGGAGAAGCAAAGGAAAAUGCAAACUCUACUUCAAUGCUCAAACACACCCCAUAAUUUUGUUUGAAAAAAGAUGCUUGGGAAUGGGAGGAAGUAGAAAUUGGAUAUUGAGUUGGGAAUCCUGAGAGGAAAGCGAAGGAGGCUGCAGGGCCCCGUCUGAUUCUGGGAAUACAUGGAUGGUUAGACAAUGCAAACACCUUUGAUCUCAUUGCACCCAUGCUUCCCCAAGGUACACAAUUUCUGUCCCUAGAUCUUCCUGGGCAUGGUAAUUCAGAUCAUUUUUCCCCUGGCUUUAUUUACGAUCCAAGAGGGUACAUGGGAGCUGUAAAGAAGGCAGUGAAGGUAUUAGGUUGGGAACGCUUUAUUCUUCUUGGUCAUAGCAUGGGUGCUGUUGUUGGAAUUCUGUACACAGCAGUUUUUCCUGAAGAUGUUGAAGCAUUUAUAUCCAUAGAUAUCAUAAAGCCCUGGUCUUCUCCUCCAGAAAAGUAUGCAGCCCAGUUUGCUAAAUAUUUCAAUCAAUACUUUGAUCAUGAAACUAAAGCAUGUCAAGAGCCAUUAGUAUAUGAAGAACAAGAACUAGUAAGGAAAACAAUUGAAGGUAGCAAGUCUCUUGAUGAAAGAGGUGCAAGAAUAUUAUUAAACAGAGGAGCAAGAACCGCUGAGAAUGGGGGUUUGAUCCUGAAACGUGAUUUACGAGCCAAAGUUUAUUUCGUUGGCUUCAUUUCAUUUGAAGCUUGGGUUGAAUUAGCCAGAUGUAUUAAGUGUCCUCUUCUCUUUGUCAAGGCAAACGAGGGCCACAAGUAUGAAACCCCAGAGAGAUACGACAUUGUGUUAGCAGCUUUUGAACAGGAUUGUCGUUACUUUUCCUGUGUAGAAUUAGAGGGGAAGCACCACGUCCAUCUUACUCAUCCAGAAACUGUUGGAACAUACAUUAACUCCUUUAUAGAAAAAUGUGAAUCCAUGCUUCAUAAUGGAGCAAAUAAUGUUAAUGUAUAAGGAAGAGGAAACAUUAUAUAUACUUUGCAAUACCCACAUGCACAUUAUAAAGUGCAGUGCAAGGUUAUAAUAGGUUUGUUAAAUCAAAUUGUCAUGUUUACCAUUUGCAGUUGCAUUAGAAAAGCCUGUGAAAUGUCAAAAACAAAUAAAAAUUGUGACUUGA